GUCCCGUCGCGCUUUUGCCCCUUCUCAAUGACCUCAACCGCUUUAUACUGACCCCACCUCUCAGGAGUCCGGAGUACCUCCCCUGUAGGGGGAGGGGACGAGGAGGAGAUUUUUGAACGCGGAUUGAGUAGUCUGAGCACCCGUAGUUGGGAACCGUGGAACACUGGUCCAGGGGUAGGAGGGCGGUGUUGGAGCUCGGAAGCUUGGGUGGGCCUUGCUCCUGGCCCUGCUGCUUCUCGCCCCGCGUGGGGAACACCAACUGGAGCCGGACCCGGGGGCGACACGCGGAGCGGCUGGUCCAGUCAUGGCAGACUACUGGAAGUCACAACCAAAGAAAUUUUGUGAUUACUGCAAGUGCUGGAUAGCGGACAAUAGGCCUAGUGUUGAAUUUCAUGAAAGAGGAAAGAAUCAUAAGGAAAAUGUGGCAAAGCGGAUCAGUGAGAUUAAACAGAAAAGCCUGGAUAAGGCAAAGGAAGAAGAAAAGGCAUCAAAGGAGUUUGCGGCAAUGGAGGCAGCUGCCCUGAAAGCAUACCAAGAGGAUUUGAAAAGGCUUGGCUUAGAGUCAGAAAUAUCAGAGCCAAGCAUAUCACCAGAAACUAGCACUACCCCACCCACCACUGCAUCAAAUCAGCAGAAAGAAAAGAAGAAAAGGAAAAAAGAACCUUCAAAGGGCAGAUGGGUAGAAGGCAUAACUUCUGAGGGUUACCAUUACUAUUAUGAUCUUAUCACAGGAGCAUCUCAGUGGGAGAAACCUGAAGGAUUUCAAGGAAACUUAAAAAAGACAGCAUUGAAGGCUGUUUGGGUAGAAGCUUUAAGUGAAGAUGGUUAUACCUAUUAUUACAAUGCAGAAACAGGAGAAUCCAGAUGGGAAAAACCUGAUGAUUUCAUUCCACACUCUGGCGAUCUGCUUUCUAGUAAAGUGAAUGAAAAGUCACUUGACACCCUAGAAAAAUCCAAAUCAUCAGAUUCACAUAGUGAUUCUGAUGGGGAAGAGGAAGCAGAAAAGAUAGAGGUCACUGCAGAAAUACCAAAGCUAAAAAUAAAGUUUAAGGAAAAAAAUAAAAAUAAUGUUGAAGAAACUGAACCAGAAAAACAGAAAGAAAAAAAUAUCCAAGAGCAGAAUUCAUCAGGUUCAAAUCAAGAAAAAUCCAAAGCUCAUAAAAAAUCAAACCCGUAUGGAGAAUGGCAAGAAAUUAAACAAGAAGUUGAGUCUCAUGAGGAGGUGGAUUUGGAACUUCCAAGCACUGAAAAUGAAUACGUAUCUACUUUAGAAGCUGAUGUUGGUGGGGCACCCAAAGUGGUCUUUAAAGAAAAAACAGUCACUUCUCUUGGAGUCAUGGCCGAUGGAGUAGCCUCAGUCUUCAAAAAGAGAAGAAUUGAAAAUGGAAAAUCUAGAAAUUUAAGACAACGAGGUGAUGAUCAAUAAUUGGAAAGAGCUUUUUGAACAUUUUUGGGGGACAGAAAGAAGACCACAUCUUAAAAGCUUAUCUAUAUUAUUUCUAAAUACUUUAAUGCUAAAAAUUUAGAUUUAUUCUAAAUGUGUUUUAUGAAUUUCAAAUAAAUCUUUUUCCAUGUGAAAUUUAUUUUUGUUCCUAAAAUGGAAACCUACCACAUUGCAUUGUAUUGCAGUGUAUUAUGUUCAGUGUUGAAAAAUUGCUAAUUGUCAUAAUAUAAGAUGCUGUGUAUCUGUUAUUUAAAACCUGGAAAAACAAGGCCUUUAUUCCAUUUUUAUUCUUAUGAAUAUAAUUAUCCUGCGCUGAAAAUGCAUUACUUUUGUACACUGAUACUAACUGUUAUCCAAGAAAUAUGAAUUAAACUACAUAAGAGAAGAUUUUGCAGCCCAUUGAGGGAUUCAGUUCUAAAAAUCCUGUGAAAAGGCUAAUGUAGGAAGUGUAUGCCUAGUGGCUUAUGUUACUCAAUUUAAGAUCAAGGACCAAGAACAAGGACUGCUGCUCAGAUAGAGUGCAAAUUGGACCACAGGUACAAAGGUAUAUUUGCCCAGUUCAGUUGAAGAUAACAACCAUUGCCUAAGCAUUUUUACUUUGAAAUAAGUAUUACGCUAGGAACUGAAGAUAUUAAAAAUCAGACAUAUUCACAACUAUUGUGAAUAUUCACUUCUUCACCUUCUAGCAUAGUCCUUUUCCCCCAUAUUAUUCAUUCUUAAUUUAGUGGCCUUAUUUAUAGGUAGUGGAAAAUGUUCUUGAAGGUUUAUUUAAAACAGUAGAUAAAGGCUUGAACAAAAAGAGUAAGGCUUCAGUUAAACAAAUUAGAAAUUUCCUAUUUUCUGGUUAAAUUUCUUACUUCAAAGUAGAUACCUUCUCUUUAUUACUCCCAAUUCUUAAAAUUAUAUUUUUUAUAAAUUGUAUAGUGUUUAACAUUUGGUAGUAAAUGCUUGUCUUUUUAAGGUUACUAGUGUACAUGUAAGAACAUGAUAGCUUAUUAAACACUUUAUAAAAGUAA